CCAAAACGUUUGAUACAAAAGCGGAAGCUAACAGUACGCUAAUGCGGCUGUUAUGACACACUCGGGAGUGCGAGCGCGGUCAACGUUGAAGUACCGCAGCUUGUGCGGAACCGAAGGCUUCAAUCCGAUCCGGUUGAGACUAUUUCUUAUUUUCCCUUUAAAUUCGUCUUGAGCUGCAAUGACUGUGGUCAUCGGGUUUGAGGGCAGUGCCAAUAAGAUUGGCAUUGGGAUCAUCAAAGACGGCGAAGUACUUUCUAAUCCUCGACGGACCUACAUUACCCCUCCCGGUGAAGGCUUCCAGCCAAGUGACACGGCCAGACAUCAUCGCUCCGUUAUACUGACAGUCUUAAAGGAGGCCUUGGACCAAGCGGGGGUGAAACCUUCCGACAUUGACUGUGUGGCAUAUACGAAAGGUCCAGGCAUGGGCGCUCCCCUGGUAACGGUGGCCGUGGUGGCUCGCACGGUCUCCCAGUUGUGGGGCAAGCCCCUGGUGGGCGUCAACCACUGCAUCGGCCACAUCGAGAUGGGCCGACUCAUCACCGAAGCCCAGAACCCCACCGUGCUUUACGUUAGCGGAGGGAACACGCAGGUUAUCGCGUACUCUGAGCGGCGCUACAGAAUCUUUGGGGAGACCAUCGACAUCGCCGUGGGCAACUGUUUGGACAGAUUCGCUCGCGUUAUCAAGAUUUCAAACGAUCCCAGUCCCGGCUACAACAUAGAACAGAUGGCGAAGAAAGGCAGUCAGUAUGUGGAGUUGCCAUACACUGUGAAAGGAAUGGACGUGUCAUUUUCCGGAAUACUUUCCUACAUUGAGGAAGCGGCUCACAAGAUGCUUGGAUCUGGUCAGUGUACAGCGGAGGACUUGUGCUUCUCGCUGCAGGAGACGGUGUUCUCGAUGCUGGUGGAAAUCACAGAGCGGGCCAUGGCUCACUGCGGCUCCCGAGAAGUCCUCAUAGUCGGCGGCGUUGGUUGUAACCUGCGUCUGCAGGAGAUGAUGGGGCAGAUGUGCUCGGAAAGAGGGGCCAAAGUUUUCGCCACUGAUGAAAGAUUCUGUAUCGACAACGGCGCCAUGAUCGCGCAAGCCGGCUGGGAAAUGUUUCGAUCCGGGCAAGUGACGGAACUGGAGGACUCGUGGAUCACGCAGAGGUACAGAACAGAUGAAGUGGAGGUGACGUGGAGAAAGUGAUGGUGGAAAACUGCACCUAAAGGGAAUGUCAGUGUCCCGUGAGACUUAAGCACCCGCACGUCAACGCCUCUCUCAGGUAGCGUCUGAUAAUAUUGCGCGUCUGACAAGUCGGAUCAGGGGAAGCCCGGCGGUUGUUUUUUUUUUUUAUCUUGAAGGGACCACCUCAUUGCUGUCAAGAAAAUGUGUUUGGAAUCAGAAGGACACUAUAAAAUGGAUUGCACUUGCAAACUUA